GAAUGCAGAAUUACAUUUAAAUUAUUACAUUUGCUCCCAUCACAUUAAAGAUCGCUGUUACAUAAGCAAAACUGUGCCUGUUAUUAUAGAAGCAUUUUCAAGAGAUAGAUGAUAAUGUGCCUCUAACAUAUUGUGAUAUGAAUGUCGAGAUAGAUGAAUAUCAUGAUAUCAAUAUCAGAUUUACCAAUUUGUGCAGACUCUGUGGUGAAUCUGCUUUGGAUGGGAUAGAUAUCUUUGCAGCCAAAGGUAUAGAGUUUAAAUUAAAAGAAAGAAUAAAUUUGCAUAUGCCUAUUUCAAUCGAUAGAGAAGAUUCGAUGCCACACAAAGUAUGCAUAGAUUGUUGCAACAAAUUGGAAAUUGCACACUCACUGGUUGUUUCAUGUUUACGAACUGAUAUACGGAUGAAAAGAUUCCUAAAUAUUGAAAAACAGUCAAAAUAUGAAAAUAAGUACAAUGUAUUAAUUGAUGAAUGUUCAUCAGAAAUCGCUCAAGAAAUGUGUACAGAUGAUAAUACACAUCCUUUUACAUUUAUUACUAAUAAAAUGGUAAACUCUUCAGAAUCAACUUUGAAAGAAUUAGGGAAUGGUGUAUGUUCUGAAAUACAGAAACAUAACUUUCAGAGCAUUGCAAAGAGUAUUGUGUCAUCAGAAUUAAAUACUCUGAUCCAAACCUGUACAGACGUUAACAGCAAAGCUACUGAGAUCACAGAAAAAAUAUCACAAAUUCAACAAGAUAAAAUCCGCAAUGAAAAUCAUAGCAUUUUAUGCUUGCAAUGCCAAACUUUAUGCGAUACACAAGAAAUAUUUGAAAAUCAUAAAACAUUUUGUAAUAAGAAAGAGGAUGUUCCUAAACACAUAACUAUAUCUAGAACUACAGAAAAUGAAAAGUACAGAAAUGAGCAGAUUAACUUUAAAAUAAAAACUUCUCAGACAUUCAAUAAAGAAUGUGAAAGUAAGCAAGUAAUUAGUAAAGCUAAAAUGUAUGAGACAAUUCAUUGUGCUAUUUGUAAACAAACAUUUAAAUGUCAACAGGAUUAUGAUAAUCAUAAAUAUUUUCAUGAAAAUUUUACCACUGAAAUAAAUAAAAGAUGUGGUCAUUGUAAAAAAGUUUAUCAUAAUAGAAAAGAUUUGUUAAAUCAUAUUAUGGAAUCACAUGAGGGGCGAUUAUUAUUUCAGUGCUUUACAUGUGAUAAAAUGUACGAGAAGUGGUCUAGCUUGGAUAUUCACGAGGCUACUCACAGAAUAGAUAAGCCAUAUCUUUGUGAUCUAUGUGGGAAAAGUUUUAAACAUUCCAAUAAUUUGAGAGGUCAUAAAAGAAUUCAUUUGGAUGAAUCUAUAAAGAAGAGACACAUGUGUGAAAUCUGUGGCGAUGCAUUCAGAUCAAGAUUUCAUUUACGAGAACAUAUGAAUCAACAUGAUGGCAACAGACCCUAUUCUUGUGAACAGUGUGGGAAAGCCUUUUACAAAAGGAUUCAAUUACGGCAACAUAAAUUAUCGCACGGAUCCAAUAGGCAUGCAUGUUCGAUUUGUGGUGCAACAUUUAAUCGCAGAGGAAACAUGAAUACGCAUAUGAAACGACAUAAUGCAAUUGGAGCAUAUACAUGUAGCGUCUGUGCUUAUAAGUGCAAAUCUAUGAGCGAAUUGAAGAUACACAGGAAAAAACAUACCGAGGAAGAAAUAAUAGAUAGCAUCAAAAAGAAAUGUAAUGACAAGGAGAUAUGGCGGUGUAACAUCUGCAACAAAAUAUUCCCAAAGCGCACUGUUCUGAUAAAUCACGAACGCGUACACGGAGACGAUAAAUUAUACGAGUGCGACGAAUGCGGUAAAAAAUUAGCGAGUAAGAGCUCGUUGAUGUAUCACAAAAAAUCAAUGCAUCUAAGAGAGAGACCGCAUAUGUGUCAUUAUUGUGGAAAUUCAUUUGUUUCGAAAGAAGCGCGAUUGAUUCAUGAAAGAAUACACACUGGAGAACGUCCGUAUAUCUGCAAGGUUUGCAAUAUGCGCUAUAGAUGUUCCAGUAAUCUCAGCCAACAUAUGAAGAUCCACACAGGUGUCAAGCCACACAAGUGCCAUUAUUGUAGCAAAGAUUUUACGCGCAAAGGUGCGCUAAUUGUCCACGAGAGAAUCCACACGGGUGUUAAACCGUAUCCUUGCGAGACUUGUGGUAAAAGCUUUUCGCAAAAGAAUGACAUGUUGAAACACGCUAGGACACAUGGCAAAUUAAUGCAAUGUAACCAAUGCAACGAAAUCUUCAAACGGAAAAAAGAUAUGUUAAAACAUAUUACAAUGCAUAAACAAGAUAUUUCGGUGAUUUCAAACUACGUCAAUUCGCUGUCACAUGUUUCCUAAGUUCUCGCCAGUACAAUUAUCUCUUUGAAUAGAGAAAGAAUAAUUUUAAUUUUCUAAUAUAAAAUAAUAUUUAUGAUUAAUGCUGAUUUCAUCGGCAUAUGAAAAAGUUGUCUUCGAAGAAAGAAAAUCUACGUCUCGAAAAAACUGUGUCAGCUAUGGAGUACCUGAAUUUAUAUAUUUUUCAACAUAUUAAAUUAUCUGAGAAGGCUGUAUGUUUUGAGAAAGAGAGAUCGCUGCUGGAUAAAAUCUGAGCUUGGAAUUUUUGCAAAAAGUCAGUUUAUUAAUGAGUGUCGUCAUAUCAUGUUCUUAUCUUAAUACGUUUUUCAAGAAAGAAUGAAGAUUGUCUUGUAAAUCAAUGUUUUUGGAAAGUCUACAAGUAAUAUUUGGCCUAGCUGAGUAUUAAUAAGCUUGAGACAUGUAAGUAUUUGAAAAUCCAUAUAAUUCAUAUAUACGUCACUGUAAUUUUUUUGUAGCUUGCUAAAAGAUAUGAACGUCACAUAAAACGGAAUAUAUUACGUAUAAAAUUAAU